CCAUUGCAUUCUCGUAAUUAGACAUCCGUGGACGUCCAUAGACGUCCGCAUUUGAUUUUAAUGCGCAUGCGCUUACUGAAGCUAUUUUAUCGACGUGCUUUGCUAUACUUUCCACUCGUGAUAAUCUUGUUAAUCUGUUUGAUUUAAAUUUAAAUUAUUUUAAAUUGUUCGGAAUGGAUUCAAAAAGUUAUGAAAAAAGAAUUAAGAAAAACCCUGAAAAAAGAUCCCACAGACUUUACAGCACUGUUGUGAUUAUUGAAAAAAACCAACCAACCAAAACAGUAGUUCCAGCUCACUGGGUUGACUCGGAUAGUUCUGUUGUUUAUUUUCCCCCAAAAGGGUACAAGGCAGUUGGUAUGUAUAUUGCAGAAUGGGCUGUACCAGAACCAGGAUGGCAGGAAUUUGAGUUUGUUGAGUACAUAUUAGAUUCUGGAACAUUAGAAACAUGUAACCAGAUGUUACAUUUUCAAACUGAAGAUGAGGCUGAAAAUUUAUCAAUACAAAAAAUUAAAAUGAAUAAAAGAGCUGCAAGUCCAGUGAUAGAUUUCGCGUCCAGUCCUACAUCGUCUUCUCAACGUUUUACACCUAGUGAUAUUUUGGAAACGCCUGCAACGUCUUCGAAAUUAAAUAUUGCAUCAUUGUUCAAACAAGAUCAUUCUUGUAAAACCACUAAUUUGUUUGAGAAGCCUUCAAAAGUGGGUGAUGGCGGUUCCUCAUUUAAAGAAAUGUCAAAUAAACAAUUUCAGUAUGCAAUUUUUAAAGAGUUGACAAAUGAAUUUACGCUGAUCAAGCAAAAUCAAAAAAAGAUUAUUGACCGCUUAGAUUUAUUAGAAAGCAAUUUUGUUAGUGUAAUGGGAGUAUCAAAUGACACAAUUGAAGCAGAUGUAAUUAUGAAGCCUAUUGACUCGUUGGAGAAGUUUGAUGAACAGGAAAAUACGUUUAACUCAAGUAAAGUAGCAAGGUUGCAGAAGGUAUAUUUUAAUUUCCUUUUAAUAGAUCCUUAAAUUACUGUUUUUUGUUUUUAAAUAAUUUUUGCUAAAUAGCGUUUUCUUUAGGCACCUUUGUAACUUGUGUCAUAAUGGAUAGUUUGUUUUUCUGGUUGUAAUCUCAGGUUAUCCUUACGUUAAGUAAGGUUAUCCUGCUACUGGUGACAUGUAAUCAAGUGCAAUUUGCUUCAUGUUAAUGUCAGGAAGGGCAUCCAGUUAAAAAAUAUUGCUUCAACUCUUUCAUAAUGGCAUUUAGAUGUCAUUAUGAAGAACUAUCCAAACCACACAAGUGUGGUAAAUAUUACACAAAAAAAAAAACUCUUUGAAUCGGUUGAAGAUACCAUUUCUAUUCAAUUAUUAUGGAGGAAUAAAAUACAUUUAAGAUAAAGAACUUUUAUAUAAUUGUUUAUAUUUUACUUUUGUGUAUAGAUUCGUCAGAUUAGAAGUGUGGGUGGACCAACUCCGCGGAGAGCUAUUAAGAAUGUGCUAGAUUGUGUAUUAGAGCGCAGCGUGCAAAAUUGUUUCAGCAAAGAUGGGUUGAAAGGAAAGCGGAAAUUUCUAAGUACAGCACUUUAUAAAUGUUUAAAAACUGCACUUAUAUCUGACAAAGGUGGUUUUGAAGGGAGCGAUAUUGAAAGACUUGUUGGUGAUUUGUUAAAACGGGCUGUACCAAAGUUGCAAAAAGAAGAAAGUUGUCACGAUUCUUCAUUAAGUAUUGUAACAGAAGAAACUUAGUUUUUUUAUUACUUAUUGUAAAAGAAGCUUUAACAGUAAAUGGAAUCUAUUUUUA